AGAAUGGUGUAGUUUAGUAAUAGUGAAGCAAAUUAAACCGAGUUGGGGGAAGAAAUGUUCGCAAUUGAAUUGCAAGUUGCCAUUUCACACCGUAACUAACAAACACAUUGAAAUUUAACAAACCAAAAGCCCCGUCAGUCCGUCACUCCCCACCCGAAACAGAGAAAGAAAAGAGUGUGUGUGUGUCGGGGAAAGAGAAAGAAACAAAGAAAGAAAAAAAAAAAUGGCGGAGGUGGCGUGCUGUGGAACAAAGUUCUCGCUUUACGUGCUUGUAAUCAUAGGUUUGGUUUGCUUCGCGGGUCUUAUGGCGGGUCUCACUUUGGGACUCAUGUCUUUGGGAAUCGUCGACCUCGAAGUUCUCAUCAAGUCUGGUCGCCCUCAGGACCGCAUCCAUGCCUCUAAAAUUUUCCCGGUGGUUAAGAAUCAGCAUCUUUUGCUUUGCACGCUUUUGAUUGGGAACUCUUUAGCUAUGGAGACUCUUCCCAUUUUUCUUGAUGCACUUGUGCCUUCCUGGGCGGCAAUCGCGAUUUCGGUCACACUCAUCCUUAUGUUUGGAGAGAUAUUGCCACAAGCAGUGUGUACUCGAUAUGGAUUGACAGUUGGUGCAACAUUGGCCCCGCUUGUUCGUGUUCUCCUUCUAGUGUUCUUCCCAAUCUCGUAUCCAAUCAGCAAGGUUCUUGAUUGGAUGCUGGGUAAAGGACAUGCUGCCCUUUUGAAGAGGGCAGAGCUCAAAACUUUUGUGAAUUUUCAUGGGAAUGAGGCUGGUAAAGGAGGAGAUUUAACACAUGAUGAGACAACCAUCAUUACUGGUGCACUUGACUUGACUGAAAAGACUGCAAAAGAUGCUAUGACUCCCAUAUCAAAGGCAUUUUCCCUUGAUCUGGAUGCAACUCUAAAUUUGGAGACACUGAAUGCGAUAAUGUCCAUGGGUCAUAGUAGAGUUCCGGUUUAUUCAGGAGAGAAAACAAAUAUUAUUGGACUUGUUCUGGUAAAAAAUCUUUUUAUGGUUGAUUCAAAGGCUGCAGUUCCUUUAAGAAAAAUGAUCAUCAGAAAAAUUCCACGUGUUUCAGAGAAUAUGCCUCUGUAUGAUAUAUUGAACGAGUUUCAAAAGGGUCACAGUCAUAUUGCAGUUGUGUAUAGGGAUCUAAAUAAUACAACAGAAGCACUCAGAAAAGUCAAAGGUGGCGAUCAACAUGAGGUCAAAGACAGCUGCAGGAAGAAGGGAGAAAAGGCAUCCUCGGAUAAAGUUCUUUCUAAGGGUAUCUUUGAUUACUCCUGUUUUGCUGGCUGUGCUGGUAUUUUCUGGAGCUUCUGUAAAACGAAAUUGUCAGGUGGAUCGGAGUCAAAUGAUGGGUCACCACAGGUGAAGAAAAGUCCACCAGCAACUCCUGCUUUUAAAAAGCGACAUAGAGGUUGUUCGUAUUGCAUCAUGGACAUUGAUAAUUCCCCGCUGCCGGUGUUUCCACCAAAUGAAGUAGUUGUUGGUGUUAUUACAAUGGAGGAUGUCAUUGAAGAGCUCCUUCAGGAGGAGAUUUUAGAUGAAACUGAUGAAUAUGUCAAUAUCCAUAACAAGAUAAAAAUUAACAUGAAUGCAUCUAACUCUAAGGACAAGGCUCCUGAUGCAAAUAUGGAGCAACCUUCUUCUGUAGCUGUUCAAGGGCACACACCAACGAACUCACUUUCGACAGCUACAUCUGUAACGGGCUCACCAACCACCAUUGAUCAAAUCUCUGAAAGUGAGUCACUCAGGAAUCAAUAAUGUAUCAAUGAAGAUGAACAGGAUAAUAACAUAGGUAUGUGUUGAAAAGGCAGAGUAGCAGUAUAGUUCCUUGUAAAAACUGUAAGGCAUUAUGUUAGUAUACAUAUAAAGAAAGGAACACCACCACCAACUAUAUAUAUGAUGUACCUGAAUACUAAACAUUUAUGAAUGCUUUGUUAAAAUUUGUACCAGAUUCAGCAAUAAAAUACUUGUUUGAAUUUGAGCAA